AUGCGGCAGCCCAGGGUCCGAGGGGCCACGUGUCGGUCACGGCAGGCAGCGGCCGGGACCAGCACCGGAAGGCAAAGGGUUGGCCGCCGCUGGAGCCGAGCGGCCAGAGAAAAAGGGUUGAGAAAAGGGCGCUCCUCGGGAGAAGAGGACCCUGGCCGCGGCCCUGGCGCGCCUCGGCGACUUUUCCCGGGCUCUGCGUUCGCCGCGUCCUACCUGAGGCCACACCCCGAAAUCAAACUCAGGGCAGGUGAAGCCGGCGCGGCACAAACAUGUAAGCGCGGCCUCUCCUCAUCGUUCCCGGCGCCUCCCGGCGGAAGGUGGGCCGGGCUGCCGCGGCCUCUCGAGAGCUCCGGGGGCUUCCCGCUCGGCAGUGCGGGGCCGCCGGCGCGGGCAGAGGGGACUCGGCUGCGCCGGGAGCCGACCUCCCUCCGCGUGUGCGCCCGGCGCUCGCGCCCAGGCUGGCGAGGCUGGGCUUCGUCCAGAGAGCGCCCCGCUCGGGCGGCCGAGGCGGGGCCGGCAGCCGCGCUGGGUCGGAGCGAGGCGGUCAGAGGGAGCGCUGAGCCUACCGCCCCCUGUCCCCGUGCGCCCCGCGGGGAGCCCGCCGCCUCCCCUCGCACCUAA